UUGAACAUUCAUCCGUCUUGUAGGAAUACCAAAUUGAAGCAAAUUUGGCAAAAUUUUUACAACAGAUGACAGCACAUUUUGAGGGACCGUAUCCAAAUUUGCUUCAAUUUGUUAUUCCAUUGUAAUCUUAUUGUUUUUUGCUAAUUACAACUUUUUUUAGUCUAAAAAUACUUAAUGAGCAUCAUUGAUAAGCUAUAUUAUAUUGAAAAAUAUAAAAUAUACAUGUUUUAAAUGUUUUAAUUCAAUUUUGGCCAUUUUUGGCCAAUUUUGGUCUUUUAGAGAGACCCAGAGCAAAGAGUCUCUUCAAAGACAACAAGUGAUCUACUUUUGGUCCACCAUUUUUUGUGCUUAGAUGAGGAUUUAAAUGUUCAUCUAAUGAAUUAACUUAUUUAUAAAUUAUACCAAAAAAAUAAAAUUUUUGUCUUAAAAUGAAUGAAAAUAAUAAUAAUACUUCUAACAAAAUUACAAUAAAAGUAAGGCAUUCGGAUGAAGAUUAUCAUGAGAUUACAAUUGAUUGGGCAAAUGAAAGUUUCGAUUACAGGAAACAAUUGUUCCAUCAGUUAUCAGCAUUCACAGGCAUACCAUUCAAAUAUCAAGCGUAUGUUUUUGUAAAAGCUAAUGAAAGAAUAUCUUUCGAUUUGCACAACAUUGAAUUCUAUGAUGAACUCUCGCUUCCGGAUGAUAAAGAGCUUGCAAUGGAGCAAAUUCAGGAUGGCGCUUGUUAUUUUUUCAAAACAUAUUUAGGCCUCUUCUAUCCUAAUCUCGCAAGUAUUUUCUGUUUCUAUCAACUGAUUCAUCGUGAUCUGGUCAAUGAAAAUGACUGCAACUUCUAUUAUUGUCACUCUUUGGGUAGUCGUUUCUUCACGAAGAAAUUUUCAGAGAUAAUAAAAUCCGAACACUUGCAGACACUUCUGGAUCGAAGAGGUGCGGGACAAACAUGGGAAAAUUUAACAAGAAUUAAAUUAAAUCUGAAUAUUGAGCACCUUACUGUCCUAUCAUGCCAUCGACAUUUCGAAUCUUUAGGACGAUUUGAAUUUCGGUUCUCUGAUUACUAUUUGCGUUACCGAGGUUAAUGAAGAUAUUAACCUUGUAAAACUUAGAAUCUAGGUUGUUUUCGGUUACGUGAUUAUUACUUGCGUUAUCGAGGUUGAUUAAAAUAGCUUUUGCAAUUCAUUAUCAAUCAAAUAAACUGACUAUCAACUUUUUGCAUUAAAAGAUGAAAAUUUCAAAAACAUUUGA